GCCCCGCUGAGCGUCAGCCUGCAGAAGGACAACUUCACCCUCAGCCUGGCGUCGCCACAGCCCUUGCGCCCUACGAGACGGCAGCGCAGAGAGAUGCGGCGAUCGCGGCCGCGCUGGUCCCUUACAGCACCACGCCCAAGAUGGACGCGGCCAUCGCUGCCGCCGUGGCCGCCAUCGACCUGAGCCCGUAUUACACGAGCGCCCAAACGGACGCGGCCAUCACGGCCGCACUGGUGCCUGUGACGUUGGCCAACGCCCCGGCCUGGCGCGCCAACCCGCCCACCUGGGAGCUGCUGAAGAGCACCAACGUGCUCAGGAACCUCCACUUCGCGGGGCCCCUGAGCGCCAGCCUCCAGAACACCGACACCUUGGAGAUCGACUGCAACAGCUACAAGCGGGCCGAGACCUACACCCAGGCCGAGGUCAACAGCGUGGUCUCCGACGCUGUGGACGCGCUGAACAUCACCCAGUACCGGACCGAGGCGCAGGUCAGCACGGCCAUUUCGGGGGUGGACGCGGCCAUCGCGGGCCAAACCGUGGACCUCAGCAACUGCUACACUCGAACACAAAGCAACGCCGAGGUGGUCCGCGACAGCGUCUCGAUUCCGAGGCAGCUGCGGGGCAUCCUGCCGCGGGCGCCCUUGGCUUGGAGCUACUUGUUCUCGGGCACCAUCGCGGAGCUCCGCUGCAACGCCUACAGCAAGACGGAGGCCGACGGCAGGAACCUCAGCAGCACCGUCUACACUGGCACCCUGGACGGCAGCUUCCCCCCGGCACCGCUGGGCUGGAGCCACAUCUUGAGCGGCACCGUCAUGGAGCUCACCUGCGACGCCUGGACCAAAACCGAGUCGGACGGCCGCUUCGCCCCCAUCAGCCUGCACGCGCGGGCACGGCUUUGGAGAACAGGCCUCUGCCCGCGGACGCCCUCUGAGACUGGCUCUCCUCUUAAGUGGACUGGCGGCUCACCAUCGACGGCCAGCGGGCCCGACGAAGGUCUGUACACGGCAGCGGUGCGAGCAAGAACUGGCGACCCUCUCCUCACGCUGACUGGGGGCAGUGCAGGGCUGCAAGCCGAAGGCGCGCUGGAGGUGACCGGAAUCACCACGGGCACCAAGACCGUCUUCCCCACCCAGCGUGGCCACCGCGCAGCUGUAGCCCUCCCCCAGCACCAAUGCCUACACGCGCGUCUUCACCGGCAUCACCGGCCUAGAGGUCGCGGAUCGCUGAACCCGCUGCUGCAGGUCGAGAACGAUAAGGCCGCUCCGGGCCCCCGGCGACUGCUCGCCCGCCAUAUCUCAUCCGCCCCUCUGGUGCUCAUCCCGCUCCGCUGA